CACUAAGCACUUGAUUACCCCUCUCGUCCUUCACUGCUUUUCCUUGCGUUACAAUUAGGGUUUCAUUUUUUUCUUUUCAGUUGCAGAAUCGAACAAUUAAAUAAUCUGAUCAAAUCUCGGGAGACAGAGGUGCAGUCGUGAUAAUGGCGAAGAAGCCGGACUUCAAAAUUUACAAUACAAUGACGAAGAAUUUGGAAGUUUUCACGCCUCUUGUUCCCGGUAAAGUCGGCAUCUACGUCUGUGGCGUCACAGCUUACGCUCUCAGCCACAUCGGUCAUGCACGCGCCGCCGUUGUCUUCGAUGUUCUGUUCAGAUACCUCCAGCACUUAGGUUAUGAAAUUACUUAUGUCCGAAAUUUUACCGAUGUUGAUGACAAGAUUAUUAAGCGAGCAAAUGAGAAUGGCGAGGAUCCAUUUUCAUUAAGUAGCAGAUUUUGUGAGGAAUAUCUUGUUGACAUGGACAGUCUGCAGUGCCUUCGUCCUACUCAUCAGCCACGCGUCUCUACUCACAUAGAACAAAUCAAAGAUAUGAUCACACAGAUCAUCAACAAGGACUUUGCUUACGUCUCUGAAGGUGAUGUCUUUUUUGCUGUUGAUAAAUUCCCAAAUUAUGGUCAGUUGUCUGGACAGAAACUAGAAAACCAUAGAGCCGGGGAUCGAAAUCCCGAUACAAGAAAACGGAAUCAUGCAGACUUUGCACUAUGGAAGGCUGCAAAACCUGGUGAGCCAAGUUGGGAAAGCCCAUGGGGUCCAGGUAGACCAGGGUGGCACAUAGAGUGCAGUGCAAUGAGUGCUCAGUAUCUGACAUUCAAGUUUGAUAUCCAUGGUGGUGGAAGUGAUCUCAUUUUCCCGCAUCAUGAAAAUGAGAUUACACAGAGCACUGCAGCAUGCGAAGAAUGCACUAUCGGUUAUUGGAUGCAUAAUGGGCAUGUCACAAAUAACAAUGAGAAAAUGUCCAAGUCAUUGGGUAAUUUUUUCACAAUUCGCGAAGUUACUGAACGAUACCAUCCACUGGCUGUGAGAUACUUUUUGAUGAGUGCACACUACCGGUCUCCUCUCAAUUACACUAUUUCGCAGCUGGAAAGUGCAUCAGUUGCAAUAUUUUACUAUUAUCAGACGAUGCAAGAUUGCAAGGAUGCCAUAUUAUCGUUUCAAGAUGGAAGCGCUCAGGAGGGUUCAGGACAGAAUGGCAAGGUGGUUGGAGUUACUGCUGACGCAAAAAAAUGCAUCAGUAAAGUACGUGAUGAGUUUGAGACAAAAAUGUCUGAUGAUUUGAGCACUUCACAUAUAUUGACCGGUGCAUUCCUAGAUGGCUUAAAGUACAUAAAUGCGACACUGGGAAUGCUUAAGAAGAAAAUGCAAAAACAACAGGAAUUAUCGUUGAUUCAAUCUCUUAUUGAAUUAGAGAAAGAAUUAAAGAUUGUUUUGAAUAUUUUGGGACUACUUCCUCCUUGCACUUAUGCUGAGGUUUUACAGCAGUUAAAAGACAAGGCAUUGAAGCGGGCUGGAAUAACGGAAGAAGACGUGCUCCAUAGUAUCGACGAAAGAACUUCAGCCCGGAAAAACAAAGAAUUCUCGAGAAGUGAUCAGAUCAGAGCUAAUUUGGCUGUUAAGGGCAUUGGACUUAUGGAUGUGGGGAAGGAUACAAUUUGGAGACCAUGUGUACCGGAGACACCAUCUAUUGUAAGAGAGCAAGACCAACCACCGGCAGCAUCAAGUUGACGGAAAUUUUUGUUUCGACUCCAAUGGAGGAAAAUCCAAGUUUUACAGAGUCGAGAAAAACCAAAUUUGUUUGUUAUAAUUUAUACACUCAUUUUGUUGCAACAGUAAUCUGGAAACCUUUUACUUGUAAUGGCCUUGGGCCACAUAAUACAAUGUAGAAAUCAUCAUAACUUAUUACAAUAAUAUACUAGUGGCCAAUAUGUAGUUGGAUUUGGGCUGGUCAGGUGAUUUGGCAAUACUUGGUUUAAAGCCAAUUAUUUCGAUCUACAAAUCUUUCCAGCCCAAAUGCAUAAGUAUGAGAUUUGAUGUUAAA